UGACGUAAUAGGGCGGCUCCUGGACGAUGCGUGAGGAGACUCCGGGGUAGCUCCCGAUGUGGCUCCGCCUGUUGAGAGCCGCCGGGACCGGGUUCCGCCCCUUAUCGGUUGGAAGAUCCCCGCCCGUUAUCCGGUACCGGCGAGCGCAGCUGACGGGUGCGGAGGCGCCGAGCCAAUGCCGGGCGGCCACCAUGACCUCCGACCAAUCCUUGCAAGAGUUCAGCGCGUACUUUGAGCAGAUUGUGACGGAUCUGACCGCCGAGCGGCAGCAUCCCGAGGUGGGAGAUGCGGUUUCCCGAUUGAAAGAGGUUCUGGAGUAUAACACCCCUGGUGGGAAAUGCAAUCGGGGAAUGGCUGUGCUGGCCUCCUACAGAGAGCUGGUCGGACCUGAGCUGCAGAAGGACGGCAACCUGCAGAGGGCGCUGGCUGUGGGCUGGUGCGUGGAGCUCCUCCAAGCCUUCUUCUUGGUGGCCGAUGAUAUAAUGGACAACUCUGUGACCCGCCGAGGGCAGCCCUGCUGGUACAAGAAGGAGGGCAUCGCGCUGGAUGCCGUUAACGACGCCUUUCUGCUCGAGUCGUGCAUUUAUCGCCUGCUGAAGACAUAUUGCCGCGGGCAGCCCUACUACCUCAGUCUCCUGGAGCUCUUUUUGGAGGUCUCCUACCAGACGGAGCUGGGCCAGGCUCUGGAUUUAAUCACGGCUCAACCAGGGAAAGUGGAUUUAAACAGAUAUACGGAGACGAGGUACAAAUCCAUUGUGAAAUUUAAGACGGCGUUUUAUUCCUUCUAUCUGCCCGUAGCUGCCGCCAUGUACAUGGCUGGAAUAGACGGUGAGGAGGAGCACAAGAGUGCGAAAACCAUCCUGCUGGAAAUGGGGGAGUUCUUUCAGAUUCAGGACGAUUAUCUGGACUGUUUUGGAGACCCCAGCGUGACGGGGAAGAUCGGGACCGACAUCCAGGACAACAAGUGUGGUUGGCUGGUGGUAGAGGCGUUACGAAGAGUGACCCCCGAGCAGAGGAAAAUCCUAGAGGAGAACUACGGGCAGCAUGACAUGGAGAAGGUGCAGAAGGUGAAGCAGCUCUACGAGGACCUGGAUCUGCCUUCAGUCUACAGACGGUACGAAGAAGACAGUUACCAGCACCUGCAGCUCCUCAUCUCCCAGCAUGCAAACGGACUCUCCAAGGAAAUCUUCAACGGCCUGGCACGCAAGAUCUACAAACGGCAGAAGUGAGAUGCCCGCCGUGGCACGCGGUCCACGCAUCGCCACGGGACUGGCCUUUUUAUUGUCAGAGACCUGAGCCUCCAGAGGAGAGGCUGGAAGGGUAACGACUGCCCCUCAUGCAGGAGGCAGGAUCGACUCGGCCGCGUCUUAUUAAACGAACAAAAGCAGGGGCCGUUAGCUGGGCAGAAAGCUGUUAUCGGGGGUACCGCGUCCGGCCGCGCGGCUCCGCUCCCAUCGGCGUGCCGCUGCAGAGCUUUCUAUGAGAGCGUUACGGGUCGGCUUCGAGCGCACACCCAAGUGUUAAUCCACGGUGCGUUGUGUGUUUCUGUUAAACAUGCCAGUAAACAUACUUGGGAAUUA